AAAUCUAAGAACGCUUGGGUCUGGGUUGGUAAUUUUGUUAAGUUUUAUAAAAACAAUCUGAAAUGAAUUUGCAGAUUACAGGAUAAAAAUAAUUGAACUAAGUAUUUAUAAUAAACAUACAGUUGCAGGGCUUUAUGAAAGAGUAAAGUAUCUGCAGAUAGAAGAAGGAAGGGAUUAAAACCAUAUUUACCUCCAGUUGAAGAACGUGAUCAAAUAAAACAGAAAUAUUUAGGGUCCAAGUGAAUAUUUCCCGGCCCCUUUGUGUUACUUUUCUAGAGUUGAUUAUUGUAAAAAAUAAAAUAAAAUGGAAUCAGAAGAACAAUUUAGAGUUAAGGAUUUUGUUUGGGCUAAACUUAACCCCUGGCCCUUUUGGCCUGCCAUUAUUGUGGAGCCAGAUCCAGAGGCACCACAGAAACCGAAAAAAAUUAGUCACUGGGUGUACUUUUUUGGGACCCACAAUUAUUCUUGGAUUGAGGAGAAAAAUUUGCGUCACUUUAAGCCUUUUAAAGACCAAUUUAAAAAGGGUUAUAAGUCUCAUGAAUUUAAAAGAGGCAUUGAAGAAUUAGAGCAUAAUAUUGCAGAAUUAGAAAAAGAUCCGGAUUAUGUUAUAAAUUACUUUAAAUAUGUAAAGGAAAAGAAGAAGCCUAGAAAGUCUGGGACUGGGGUUAAGAGGCCUUUAUCUGAGAAGAAUAGCAUCUCUCCAAAGAAGAAGGUCAGAAAUUCUUUAUCAGUGGACACUGACAAUAACGAUGAUAAUUCAACAGUCGGGCAUUCUAGACCCCACUCUGUGUCAUCUUCACCUACCCCAAAUUCACCAGAGACUCAAAGUAUUUUAACAUCAGAGAAAAUUUUCGGCUUUCUUGGGGUGGGGUUAAUAGGCAGAGGUGUUGUUAAAAAUUUGAUCACCUCAGGCCACAAAGUUAAUGUUUGGAAUAACAGUUCCUGGAACACUGAUGACUUAAAAGUCUACAUAGAUAUUGGUUCAGUUAGUAUAUGUAACACACCAAGGCAAGUGGUACGCAAUUCCGAUAUCAUUUUCAGUUGUUUAUCAGACCCAGAUUCAUCCAAACAUAUAAUACAGGAAUUUGGUAUAGCUGAUAAAAAUGAUGAACUACUUAAUGGAAAAGACUAUGUUGAAAUGACUGCAAUUGAUCCGGAAACUUCAGAGGACAUAUCCGAGUUAAUAAGAAAUAAAAAUGGCAGAUAUUUGGAGGCACUGGUUCAGGGUGGUAAAUAUGAAGCUGAAAAAGCUGCACUUAUUGUUAUUACUGCUGGAAACAGAAAACUUUAUAUGGAUUGCCAGUCGUGCUUCAAAGCAAUGGGAAAGGCAUCAUUUUUCGUGGGAGAUGUUGGUUACGCAGCAAAAUUUAACUUUAUAAUUCAAGUUAUGCGUGGGAUAUGUCUCGCUGCACUGAGCGAAGGCUUUGCAAUGGCCGAUCGGUGUGGAAUAAAACCUGCAGCUUUUCUACCUAUAUUUAGCAUGACCAAUCUAGCCAGUCCAUAUUUAGAUAGUAAAGCAAAAAUGAUUGUCAACAAAGAGUUCUCAAAAGUCGAAGAACCCCUUCAAAAUCUCCAGAGGGAGGUGACUUUUGGUCUAGAAAUGUCAAAUAGGCUUCGUCAGCCUAUGCCAUUAGCAUCAACAGCUAAUGAGAUUCUAAAACAUGCCAGGAGAUUAGGGUAUGACAAUCACGACGCCUGUUGUAUAUAUCAACGCACAAGACAUUAACUACACGUUUUUUAAGUCUCAUAGUUUUUAUCAAAUACAUGGACAAAUAAUAUUUAGUUGAUUAUUGUUUGUACCUUCUUGUUAUAAGUUAGUUAUUAUCAGUUUGCUUUGUGUAAAUACAGAAAAGGUAAUACCAAAUUUGUUUAAAGUCAAUUUUUAUCAAUUUUUGUUUUUGAUAAAAUAAUGUGUGUGUGUCUCAAAUUAUUAAACUUAGAGGAUAAUUUGAAUUUGAUUUUAUAUAAAAACACUACCAAUAUUUUGGCUUAGUUUUGGUUACUAAGAAAAAAAGUGGUUAGACCAUGAAAUUAUUACUGUAAAAAAAACCAAGUUAUUAAUUUCAUUAAUAUAGGCAGAAUUGAAAACCCACUGUUUAGUUUGAUUUUUUAAAGUAUUUUUCAGCGCUGUUAAAUAAGAUUUAAAAAAAUUAAAAUCCCAAUUUUUUUUUCGGUAAAGCUUAACUAACAAAUAGAUUAGGUACGCGCGCUUGCUUACCAGCGACGUGUUCAUUGAUGGUAACACAAUAGUUUUGUAUUUUAGUGUAAAGUAAUAAUUUUAUAUUAAAUAGAACACCGUGUAUAUUAAGACAUUUUUGAAUUCUUCGAAAAAUGUUGCAUCUAUUUCAUAUAUAAUAUCCUAUAAGUCUUAUGGAGAGAAGGUGCGUUUGAGUCGUUUUGCUUGUGCCUCUAGAUGCAAAGCAUCAUGAAGUUUGUGUUGGCCAUUCCAUUAUAAGAUGAUGAAGCAAUCAUUCUGGUGCUAAUUCAGAGAAAACCCCAGUUUCAGCAAUUUAAUUUCACGAUAUCUCGUAGAUAAUGAAAUCAAAUUCCACGCCUAUUUUCGCUUAAAUAGAAAUCAAUUUGAUUUUGUGUUAAAUGCAAGAACAGCAGCUGUUAAAAAAUCAUCUACUCCCUGGGUUAAGAGGCCAAUAUCUCCCAAAGGAAAAUUGAGAAUGUAACUAAAGGAAGAGCUUUUUUUAUUUAUGUAAGUAGUAAGUUUAUUUGAGGGCCUAAAGAUAAACGUUUCUCAGAGAAAAGUAAAUAACUAAGAAUAGAAAUUCAAUAGAAAAGUAACUUUGCUGCACAUAAGUGAAAGUAAAAAGAUACACAAAAAAUGUAUAGCAACUGUUUUUAUAUAUUAUCUUAUUCUUGACUUUCUUCGACCUCUUCUGUUGGUAAAGUUUAAAUUUUCAAUAACAGAGUUCUGUUCUACUGAAAAAUUAUAUCUCUGAUUAUGACAGCAGCACUGAGACUGACGUCCCUGAUUUUUAUUUUUAUAUUUUUUUCUUGUGCGGCUUCUUGUUUCCAAUUCAUUAACAACUUCUAGACGGCUGAGUUUGGCUUUAGGGAUAAGAUGGGAUAGAUCGAUUUUUUUACUGUCAUCGCUAUUCUUUUGUAAAAUGUUAACGUCAUCGUCAUAGGAGUACUUGCAAAACUGGCAGCCGAUAGAACUGAAUUAUCAUUUUCAACUCCUUGAACAUCCCCGAUAUUCUGACUUUUAUCAUUCUGACUAGUAGCAUAGUCAUUUCCUCUGAAUUCUCAGAUAUAUUAGUUAUGGUUCUAAAAAACAAAGAUGUUAUGGUAGCAAUUUGCAAAAGACUGGGUUCUGUUUUAUUGCCUGCACCCGUCAAAUAAACCAUUAGGCAAAUAUCAAGAGAGUUUUGGGGCAUAUGGAAUUUCCCAAACUCUGUGGGGGAAAUAGAUGGCAAACACAUCCGUAUAUUAUGCCCUAAAAAGUCUGACUCUUUAACUAUAAAGACUAUUUUUCAACAGUAUUGUUGAUGCCAAAUACAAGUUUGUGUCCGUAGUUGUUGGAUCUCACGGCAAAGGAGGAGAGCGGAAUAUUUAGUAAUACUAUAAAAUGGAAAACAAUAGUAUAUUGAAACCAUAUACCAGAAAUCAAGCCAAAGAAGAUUUUGCAAGGCAGCGUUUAGUUAUAGAUUAUGUAGGGCACGAAAUGUUUUUGGGUUAUUGUGUCAAAUUUUUGUGGUAUUUUUUAUCCCAAUAUAGCAGUUAAAUGGCUACAUAAUUUGACUCGAAAUGACUUUGAUGGGAUGGGGAUGGAAAUGAAAAUACUGUUGCUACAAAUUCUGAAAAGAGCAACAUGAUUUUGAUACUAAAAGUUGGUUAGUUUGGUUAGAGAGACAUUUAAAGACUGUAUGACUAAAGGCCAGUUGGAUUGGCAAGACAGAAUGGUUUUAAGAAGCUAAACAUGAUACUAUUGUUCUCAUGCGGAAAAAUAAAUGAUAUUUUAUAGCGUUUUUUAAAACUAUUCUUUCUUUAGUCUUUAUUUUAAGGACGAUGUAGCUAUACCUAAACGAUCUUUUACAUCAACAUGCUAUUUGUAAAAUUUGCUAUUGCCAACAACUUAUUAAAUUUCGUAUCAUUACAGUGCAAAAUAAUACCCUUAAUAUUUUAACAUUAACGAACAAACUUGGCUCCAUUUUUUUUGCUAUCUCCUUCCAGACAUUAUUUUCGCUCAUUUUGAACACCUAAUAAAAUAAUUUCUUUGAUAUGCCUGUUUUUAUAAAUUUGCACUCAAUUUUUUUCACUGUGGAUCUUUUAGAUAUUUUGCUUGAAACAAAUUAUAAACUUUUUCCUGAGUUCUCGUUUUGUCUCCAUAUUUAAUAAAAAUUAAAAUUUGAAUUCUCUGUCAGAAAUCUAAUUGUGACAAUUUCAGAACUUCAUUUCAAAAUUAAAUUUGUUUUUUUUUUGUUAUAAAAAAUAAGAGGGCAUGCUAUAUGAAUUAUGCGUGAAAUUUGACCCAAAAUUCGAAAUAGCAAAAUGAGAAAAAAUGGUGUUCCACUUAGAAAAAGGAACUUGAUAUCGACUUUAACUUUUUGACCAUGUCUGUUUUUUUUUAUUUGCUGCAAAAUUAUUCAAGGAAAAAAUCCGAUGGACGUGGCAUUUUUUUUGAAAUCCAAAACCUGUUUUUUUUUAAAGAAUUUCCAUAUUUUACUAGUAUCUUUUACUUCGCGCCACACCGCUGGACCAGUAAUUAGUUCCUUUCAUAUUUUCUCUCUUGGUAUUUUACUGUGGUUGUAUUAUCUCAGAACAGCCAAUAUUACAUUUGCAUCGCUAGUCCUCGUAAAAUGUUGGAAGUUCUUGUGUCUUGGAGCAAAACUACUAAGGACAAUCCUUUCCAAGUUGCAAAUCACUUAGUUGGGUAAGCCACAUCCGCAAGUAUUGGUUGAUGUCAUCAUUCAAAUAAUUGCCAAAGGAGAACACCUCCAAGCGCAAUUUUGUAAUUGUCAUCGUUUGCUUGUAACCUAUUUCAUGAACUCAUACCAAAAUCGAUGCCAUUCUGUAUUCGACUACCAAAAGACUCAUCUCAUUGGUGAUGUUCCGUUUUGUUUGAUUGACAUUCAGUGUUCGGUUUUCCUCUCCUUGGUGAUCUUAUUUACUUCGUUGAUAAUUUUCACUUCUAAUUAUUGCAGAAUAGUUGUCUUCAUUCCGUAAACUGGCACCAAAGGUGCAAGUUUCAAAACAUGUGUCUUUUAACUGAUUACGUGGAUAAGCUUCUCAAUCUCGAGUCUAAACUGUUGUUUAGUAGUCUUCUUUCGUUUCCUUGUCGGUAUUCUCAUGAGAAAUUGUUGAGUUUUCUUGUAAAUUGUUGGUGGUUAGUCUAUCUUUUGUUCUCCAAAUUUGUCCCAUUGGCCCUCUUCCUUUGAAACUGUGGUUCAAUAGUUUUCUUACAAUAAACUUCUUUUCUACUGUUCGGUUAUCGUCAUUUAAAAUUAUUGCCGAGUGGGCUUCCUUCUCCAAACGGCUGCCAAAUGUAAACUUUACCUGGCUCCAACUGUGGUGAUUUUCAUUAGUCUCACUGAGAUAAUUUCACUUGUCGGUCGUCUCUCCAUCUGAACUAUUUAUAAGUCUCUCUUCUGUUAAGAGAUGCCAAAGGUGAUACUGCCCAAUCCGUUGAUGUGAGUGAGGUGCCACUUAUGAUUUGAUGAUU